AAGCCGAGGCGAAAGCAUGGGCGAAGGGCAGGAGCUUUGAUGCACACGUUUCAAAAUUGUCCAUUCCAGAACUGACUUCAAUUCCAUUUCAUGUAUAUAUUUUUUUAAAAAAAAUGCUUUACCUGAUUGGACUUGGACUCGGAGAUGCCAAAGAUAUUACAGUAAAAGGUCUGGAAGUAAUAAAACAGUGUAGCCGAGUAUACCUGGAAGCCUACACUUCAAUCCUCACUGUCGGAAAGGAAGCACUGGAAGAGUUCUAUGGCAAAGAACUGAUCCUUGCUGACAGAGAAAUUGUAGAACAAGAAGCAGAUGCAAUCCUGAAGGAUGCAGAACUAUGUGACGUGGCUUUUCUUGUCGUUGGAGAUCCUUUUGGGGCGACAACACAUAGCGACCUUGUUCUCCGGGCAGUGAAGCUGGGGAUCCCAUACAGAGUCAUCCAUAAUGCCUCCAUACUGAAUGCCGUCGGCUGCUGUGGUUUGCAGCUCUACAAUUUUGGAGAAACGGUUUCUGUCGUUUUCUGGACUGAGACUUGGAAGCCCGAGAGCUUUUUUGACAAAAUCACAAAAAACAGAAGAAACGGGAUGCACACUCUCUGCUUACUUGACAUUAAAGUAAAGGAGCAGUCUGUGGAGAAUCUCAUGAGGGGGAAGAAGAUUUAUGAACCACCACGGUAUAUGAGCGUGAAUCAAGCAUCUGAGCAGCUUCUGGCUGUGGUUCAGAAUAGGAGGCUACAAGGCGAAGAGCCAGAAAUUACGGAACACACCAUAUGUGUAGGCUUAGCAAGAGUGGGUGCAGUGGAUCAAAAGAUUGCUUCAGGUACCCUACAGGAAAUGACUACAGUGGAACUUGGUGAUCCUCUACACUCUCUGAUCAUAACUGGAAGUUUGCAUCCACUGGAAGUAGACAUGCUUAAACUUUUUGCGGUGGAUAAAUCUAUCUUUGAACACUGCUGAAUAAAAACCUCUCUGUACACCUGUUGCACACUGAAUCCGGUAUAACCCUGGUUAGUAAGGAAGGC